AACUCCCCACACCGCCUCCAUCAACAGUAUGUGCAACAUUCACACUUGUUGAUAUAACGACUAAAAGCUAAUCAAGAUGGUGGAGUGGUCAGAUUCCGAGCGUAGGACUAUUGCGAGUGUCUGGGGUCAAAUCAACAUCGGUGAAAUCGGACCCCAGGCUCUGGCAAGGAUGCUGAUCGUAUAUCCCUGGACUCAGAGGUAUUUCGGGACCUUUGGAAACCUGUUCAACGCAGCGGCAAUCCUGGGCAAUCCCAAGGUGUCUGAACAUGGCAAAACUGUGCUAGGUGCGUUGGACAAAGGCGUGAAGAACCUAGAUAACAUCAAAGGCACAUACUCCAAACUAAGCUUGCUGCACUGCGAGAAACUCAACGUCGAUCCCGACAACUUCAGGCUGUUGGCCGAUUGCCUGACCAUUGUCAUUGCGACCAAAUUCGGAUCCGCUUUCAGCCCUGAUGUUCAGGCCACCUGGCAGAAAUUCCUGUCUGUCGUUGUGUCUGCGCUCUCCAGCCGUUACUUCUGAAGUCCUGGUCACGGUCAUGGAAGGAACCACACACUGAUUCUCUACAUUCAAUGAUGGUUCAAUGCAUCACAGAGUUGAAAAAAGAUAUAAAUAAAGUAAUCAAUCAUUGUA